AUGAGUGAAGCAAACCAACCGUCCAUUGACGAAGAAGAAUUCGAUGAUGAUUUUGAUGAUUUUAAUGAACCAGUAAUGGCAACUGUUAAUGAAGAAGAAGAUGACGAUGAUUUUGGAUCGUUUGAUGAUGGAGAACACGUAACGGAUUUCACAUCUCAAGAUGUUGAUAUUGAUCUGGUAAUCAAAUUCCAAAAUAUAGAUGACUUUGAUGGCAAUUUAACUACAGCUAUUGAUAAAUUGUUUGAUUUAACGAUACCUGAAGGUGAUAAACAACAAGAAGGUCAAUUACUUGAUGAAAGAUCGGGUCAAAUUUAUCAACAAUUAUCCAAAUUACCACAUUUAAAACCUAACAAUUGGUUAAAAUCAAGAAUACGUCAUAAUCUUUUGAUCAAAUUAGGUAUACCUGUAAAUUUAGAUGAAAUUGUAGACGAUAAAAGGGAUACUUUGGCUAUACCAAAAACCCACCAAAGAAGAAAGUCCAUUAACGAAGAAGACAUCAUAUGGGAAGUUGAAAUCCCUGAUCUUGAACAACUCAAUAUCUCCAAUGAUGAAAAGGACGAACUUAUCAACAAAACCAAUGAGAUAUUAUCAAAAAUUGAAACUGAUAACUUAAACAAUUCAUCUCAAUCAUUUAUGCAACAAGAGAACGAAGAAGAGUUAAAGAAUAAAUUACUACAAUUGCGUGAAAAUCAUCAACAAUUGAUAAAAGUCAGUUCAGUAUGGAAUCACGAAUUCAAAGAAUGUAAGAAGAAUUUCGAAAUUUAUGAAUCAGUUGUUCAAACAUUUAUAGGGUACAGUCAAAAAUUAGAAAGAGAUGCUUUAUUGAAUAACAUUAAACAUUUAAAGAGUAAAUCUAAAAAGUCUUUAUGGAGAUAA